AUGGUUACCCGUAUUGCUACGACUGCGAGAGGGACUAUCGGAGCUCAGUGGGGUGUUGAAGGACUCGCCAGUUUUAUUGAAAUGCAGAGUGGUUUCAUGGAGACGCAAAUGGAGAUCCUUGAAAAGCAGUCAGAGGCAACUGAGAAGCUGAGCGAAGCACUAAAUACACAGAAGAAGAUUAAACCUAUUGGUAGUAACUUUGAAAAUUUUAAGAAGAUGUCUCCACCAUCUUUUCAAGGAGGUUCUGAUCCAACAGUGGCACAGGAAUGGCUGAAGAAAAUGGAGAAGUAUUUCAGAGCCUUAGGAUUGGAAGAAUAUGAAGCUAAGUUUAAUGGGUUAUCUCGAUAUGCACCUGAGCUAGUCGCAGAAGAAUUUGAUAAGAUAGAGAUGUUUGAGAAUGGACUAAGGUCAAAAAUUCAUCAGAAGGUUACAGUAGUCAUGUCAAAGACUUUUGAGGAGGCAGUGGAGCGAGCAAAAAGGGCUGAAAAAACAUUUCGAGGGUCAGGAGCUCCAGUACAGAGAUCGGGCCAGUUUGUGCAGAGAACAGGUCCUCUUAUUCAGAGACAUGGGCAUAUUGCGAAGGACUGUCCAAUAAAGAAGGGACCUAAGACUGAUGAUCAGAAAGCGAAGCCUACACCUGGUGAUGGUCAAAAAUCUAAGGCACAAGGGAGAGUAUUUGCUUUGACGAAGCAGGAUGCUCUCGCAUCUAACUCUGUUGUUGUAGGUGCACUCGUUAUUUCCUCUCAGUUCGCACAUGUGUUGUUUGAUUCUAGUUCUUCUCAUUCAUUUAUAUCUCAUAGCUUUGCUAGUAAGUUGGAUAGAACUCUAGAAUUUUUAGAAUCUGAGCUAUCCGUUUCCACCCCAUCCGGUGAUUGUAUGAUCACUGAUCACAUCUUUAAGGGAUGUGAGGUCAUAGUGGGAGAUCAAACUUUGCUUGCGAGUCUUGUGUUACUUGAUAUUCAUGAUUUUGAUGUCAUUCUUGGUAUGGAUUGGAUUUCUACUUAUCAUUCAUCUCUAGGUCGUUUUUAG